GGGCAGGGCCUCCCGGCGUGCCCCGCGCCACGACGCGCCGCCGGUCCUUCCCGUGGUACCGCGCGCGGGGCCGGGCCGGGCCGGGAUGAUCCACGAGCUGCUGCUGGCGCUGCGCGGCUUCCCCGGAGGCCUCUUCGGCGGCGGCGGCGGCGGCGGCGGCAACCUGCAGGUGUGCCCCCCGGAGCAUCUGCCCUUCCUGCACCCCAGCGAGAGCGGCCUCCUGUCCCGCGUCUGCCGCCUGGGCGCCCUCUACGUCCGCUUCGGAGACUUCAUCGAGCACUUCGCCGCCGAGCACGUCCCGCCGCAGCCCCCGCCGCCCGCCCAGCAGCAGCAGCCGCAGCAGCAGAUUCCCACUUGACCCAGCAAGGAAUCUACCUGCGCGCCUUCUGCACCGGUCUCGAUGCCGUCCUGCAGCCCUACCGGCAAGCUCUCCUGGACUUGGAGCAAGAGUUUUUGGCCGAUCCUCACCUGACCAUUUCACAUGUGAACUAUUCCUUGGACCAGUUCCAGCUCCUUUUUCCUUCGUUGAUGGUUGUGGUGGAUCAGGUCAGGACCCAGAAGAUUCAUGGCUGUCAAAUCCUGGAGGUCGUCCACCAGCAUAGCCGUGGUGGUUUGCCACCUGUGCAGAGCGCCUUAGAACAGGUGCUAGCAAUGUGUCAUGCUGUCCUGUACAAACAGCUCUCGGCCUGGAUGCUGCAUGGGCUACUCCUGGACCAGCAUGAGGAGUUCUUCAUCAAGCAAGGUCCUUCUUCAGGGAUUGUCCCUUCUCAGCCUGAAGAGGAAGAGGAAGAUCUGGGCAUUGGAGGGCUGACGGGGAAACAACUACGAGAGCUGCAGGAUAUGCGCUUGAUUGAAGAAGAAAACAUGCUGGCCCCUUCGCCAAAGCAGUUCUCCCUGCGGAUAGAAAUGCUGCCCUCCUACAUCCCUGUGCGCGUUGCUGAGAAAAUCCUAUUUGUGGGAGAGUCUAUCCAGAUGUUUGAGAGCCAGAAUAUGAGCCUGACCAAAAAAGGGUCCAUCUUGAAGAACCAGGAGGACACCUUCGCUGCAGAGUUGCAUCGCCUCAAGCAGCAGUCUGUCUUCAACCUGGUGGACUUUGAAUCUGUGGUGGACUGGAUCCGGAGCACUGUGGCCGAGCACUUGUGGAAGCUGAUGGUAGAAGAAUCAGAUCUCAUAGGACAGCUGAAGGUUAUUAAAGAUUUUUAUCUCUUGGGCAGAGGGGAGCUGUUUCAGGCUUUCAUUGAUGCGGCGCAGCACAUGCUGAAGACACCUCCCAGUGCUGUGACUGAGCAUGAUGUCAACGUGGCGUUCCAGCAGUCGGCCCACAAAGUGUUAUUGGACGAUGACAACCUCCUUCCUCUCCUUCACCUGACCAUCCAUUACCAUGCGAAGGAGCACAGAGAUGUUGCUCAAGGUCGUGAAACCCCUUCUCGAGAAUUGUCUCCCCACGAAUCCCCCACCUCUGGCUGGGCUGCACUAGGGCUCCACUACAAAGUACAGUGGCCUCUGCACAUCCUCUUCACACCGGCUGUCCUGGAAAAAUACAACGUUGUGUUCAAGUACCUUCUAAGUGUGCGGCGAGUCCAGGCUGAGCUGCAGCACUGUUGGGCUCUUCAGAUGCAGUGCAAGAGCCUGGAAUCCAGCCGAUCUGGCGCCAUCAAGUGGCGGAUGCGGCAUCACAUGACGUUCCUUGUGGACAAUCUGCAGUAUUACUUGCAGGUGGAUGUCCUGGAGUCUCAGUUUGCACAGCUCCUGCAGCAGAUCAAUUCCACCCGUGACUUUGAGAGCAUUCGGCUGGCGCACGACCACUUCCUGAGCAACCUCCUGGCCCAGUCCUUCAUCCUGCUGAAACCAGCUUUCCACUGCCUGAAUGAGAUCCUGGAUCUCUGCCACAGCUUCUGCUCCUUGGUGAGCCAGAACCUCGGGCCGCUGGAUGAGCGAGGGGCCGCUCAGCUGAGCAUCCUGGCCAAGGGUUUCAGCAGCCAGUCUUCACUUCUGUUCAAGAUCCUCUCCAGUGUUCACAACCACCAGAUCAACUCUGACUUGGCUCAGCUGCUGCUGCGCUUGGAUUACAACAAGUAUUACACUCAAGCUGGAGGCACCUUGGGCAGCGUCGGGCUGGACUGAACCCACCUCAGCUGGAGCCAGGAUUAGUCUCUGCCCGAGCAAAGUGUAAGGAUGCAAGAGCGCCAGCAGGACCCGUGGGGGCAGCCACCCAGCACCAAGGCCCCACCCCCCUUCUUUAACCACCAGGAAAGUUAACAAGCUUCAAUAAAGAGUGCUGGCUCCGC